GGAGCUGGGUGUGCAAUGGCGACGCCCAGCCUGCGGGGCCGCCUGGCGCGGCUGGGGAACCCGCGGAAGCCUAUACUGAAGCCCAACAAGCCCCUCAUCCUAGCUAACCGCGUCGGGGAGCGGCGCCGGGAGAAGGGCGAGGCGACCUGUAUCACAGAAAUGUCAGUGAUGAUGGCUUGCUGGAAGCAGAAUGAAUUCCGCGACGAAGCGUGCAGAAAAGAGAUCCAGGAUUUCUUCGAUUGUGCUUCGAUGGCUGAGGCAGCCCGCAAGAUGAGAUCUAUCCAGGACACCCUGGGAGAGUCUGGGAGUUUACCUCCCAAGAAACUGAAUCAAUUGUUACAGAGGUUUCCUAACAAACCUCAUGUCAGCUGAAAAUGGAGACGCAUUUUCAAUGACUGGACUAUAGUUUCUGAGAACUACGUGGAGGCAUUUUAGAGACGUUUGCACUGCAUACCCUCUGUGAAGGGUAGUACUAGGCAAAACACUUUUUUUUCACGCUUUGGAAUCAUGGUCUGUUGGUCAUUAUGCUUUAUCUUGAAAUAAAAUCCUCUGAAGAGAA